AUGGACAAUUUCUUGCCACCCGGUGCCCAAGGCAACGAUUUCGCGUUGCUUCUGCCACGUCAUUUUCGAGAAGAUGUGGUGCGGUUUUUGGAGCAGGACAUGCCAAGCUUUGACGUCGGUGCAUUCGUAGUGGGCACCAAGCCGGUCAAGGCACAUCUGCUGGCGAAAACUCCUGGCAUUUUGGCCGGUAUGCCUUUCUUCAACGCAGUCUUCGAGGAACUCGGAUGCGAAGUGCGCUGGUUUGUUACAGAAGGAUGUCGGCUUGACUUGUCACCGGUUGCCGAAGCAGCUGCACAGGGCGGACCUCCGCCUGAAGGUGACUUUGAUGCUACAACCUCUCACUUCAUUGGCAAGAUGAAGAUUGCAGAGGUCACUGGACCUGUCUGCCGGUUGCUACAAGGCGAGCGUACUGCGCUCAACAUUAUUUCGCGUUGCAGCGGCAUUGCCACACAAACCAACCGCUUGGUCGCGAUCAAGCAGGAGCACGGUUGGCAUGGCGAGAUCGCGGCCACCCGAAAAGUGACACCUGGCUUUCGGCUUUUUGAGAAAUAUGCAGUUGUCGUUGGGGGAGGCGUUCCUCAUCGUAUGACACUGAGCGACAUGACUAUGCUGAAGGACAACCAUUGCUGGGCGUGUGGUGGUGAUAUUCAGGCGAUGGUGAGAAAAGCUCGCAGCGCUUGCGGUUUUUCCAACAAGAUUGAGGUGGAGUGCCAGUCUCUCGCCGAAGCUGUUGAGGCAGCCACCGCAGGAGCGGAGGUGGUUAUGCUUGACAACUUUCCGGCGCCAGAGGCCAAAACGGCCGCUGCGAAGCUUAAGGAGCAGUUCCCGCAUGGCCUUACGGUGGAAAUCAGUGGAGGAUUGAAUGAGGAGACGGCGGCAGAGUACUUCAGCGAGCAUGUCGAUGUUCUGAGCUUCGGAAGCCUGACGCACGGCUAUGAUGUUCUAGAUUUUUCAUUGAAAGUCAUGGGAUAA